AUGUCAAAGUAUACAUGGAGGGAUCUCAUAAAGAUUAAUUCGGCAACAGAUGCCUAUUCAUCGCCAUUAGCAUGUCUUGCGCACAUAGACAUGAACGCUUUCUUCGCUCAGGUGGAGCAGAUACGAUGCGGAUAUUCGAAAGACGAACCUGUUGUUUGUGUCCAGUGGAGCUCGAUCAUAGCAGUGUCGUACGCCGCGCGGAAAUUCAAUAUAUCCAGGAUGGACACUAUAGAGAGCGCGAUGGAGAAAUGCCCCAGUUUGGUACCAAUACACACUGCGGUUUUCAAGAAGGGUGAAAAUUUUUGGCAAUACCAUGACGGAUUUGGAUCUUGGAGCAAGGAUCCCAAGAAACAACUCAGCCCUGAAUUUUAUAAAGUUUCUUUAGACCCUUAUCGCAGAGAGAGCAGGAAAAUCUUGAAGAUCUUCAAAGAGUUUUGCGACGUGGUGGAGAAGGCAAGUGUGGAUGAAGUAUUUCUAGAUCUAGGCAGAAUAUGUUUCCAAAGACUGAUGGAACUGGACAGUUCAGAACGCGAACCAGCUGUUAUGAACUUUAAUGAACUAAAGGAUUUGUUUGUUAGGGGUAAAUAUGAUCUGGAUUCAAAACUACCAAGUAUUCCUGAAGAAUUGAAGAGUCUAAAGUUUCAUGGUUUCGUUUUCCAAGAAGAAAAUGCUUCCCUCACUGAUUGGGAUGACGUAAUAUUUUGGCUGGCUUCCAAAUACGUCCUUGAGAUUAGGACAUGUAUCCAGGAUACCUUAGGAUAUAGUACCUCAUGUGGGGUUGCAAGAACGAAAAUGCUGUGUAAAUUAGGAUCAAACUUCAAAAAACCGGACGCCCAAGUUAUUAUUUUGAACAAGAACAUUAAUGCGUUCCUCGAUUGUGGUAAAUUUGAUAUCACUAGUUUUUGGACACUUGGUGGGUUGUUAGGGAAACAACUUGUGGAUAUCUUGAAUUUACCCUCAAACCGAAGCAUCAACUACAUACGGGAGAAUUGGCAAACACCGCAAGAAUUAACAACUUUCAUCACGGCUGAAAUAAAGCAUACCAAUUUUAUACCUGAGCAUAAUAAAUCCGAUUUUGAAAGAGUGGAUAUUUUGGCCCAAAAACUCUACGAUAUAUCGCGAGGACAAUUUGUGACGCCGUUAAAUCCCAAACCCGUUGUGAAGACUAUGAUGUCUAACAAGAACAUGCGAGGGAAAGCGUGCAGCAGUUUAAUUGAUUGCAUUUCUUGGCUCGAGGUUUUUUGUGGGGAAUUGGAUUCACGGGUCAAAGAACUAGAAAGGGAAUACAACAAAGUCAUUAUGCCCAAGACUGUAACUGUCUCUCUGAGAACAGAUAAAUAUGUUAGUUUCAGGAAGUCAGGGCCACUUGUACACCGAAGCCGAUCUUUGAACUCAGAGGAUUUGUUGAAAACAGGAAUAAAAUUGAUUACAGAACUAAACACCAAAUACAACAACAAACAAGCGUGUCCUAAUUAUUAUCCUUUGAAGAACUUAAAUUUGUCAAUUUCAAACUUUGAGAUUAUGGACAUUCAAAAAACGAUUAUUGACAUGUUUGGAAACCAAACUCAGUUGUCGAAGCCCGACGCUGAUAGCCCGAAAGAUAGUGACAAAAAAAUCGACGAUGCGUAUUCAAAAGAGAAUGCUUUUUACUGCGACAUAUGCGAGAUAAACUCUGCAUCUCUAAAAGAAUUUAAUGAGCACAAAGAUUUUCAUAUUGCUACAAAGCUUUCAGAAAGUUUGAAUGGUACUGCAGAAGAUUCUGCAAACCUUUCCUUGGGUGAACAAAGAUUACUGUUCCCAAAGAAGCGAAGGGACAAAUCCAAUGCAAAAUCUCAAAUAAAAAAACCAGCAUCAAAAGGCAACAACAAUAUCUUCAAAUAUUUUUCCAAGUAG